CCCCCCGCGCGGGGUGGGGGGGGGAGUGCGGGGGGCGCGGCGGGAGCGCGGCAGCGGGAGCGCGGCCAGGGAGGAGCGGAGAGGAGCGGAACGAGCCGGCGGCAUCCCCGGGUCCGGUGAGCCCCGCGGGUGCGGGAUGCGGCGGAGCGCGGCGGCGUGCUGGGCGCUGGUGCUGCUGGCCGCCACCUUCUGCGACACGGUGGCCGGCAAGGGUGGGCGCGGCGGCGCCCGCGGGGCGGCCCGCGGCGCGGCGCGGGGGGCGGCCCGCAGCCGGCCGAGGGCGGCCGUGCCCCGGUACGGCUCUGCCGGGGCGGCCCUGCGCGUGGCGGGGGCGGCGGCGGCGGGAGCGGCGGCCGGCGUGGCGGCGGGGGCGGCCCUGCGCCGGGCCCGGCUGUCCGGAGAGCUGCAAGCGGGAGACGGCGUCGAGUACCGCGACGGCAACUGGACGGCGGCCGCCAGCGCCUGGACCUCCGCCGCGCCGGCCGGGACCCCGCCGAGCCGGGCGCUGCCCUGGCUCUGCCCGCUGGCCGCCCUCCUCCGCCGCUGAUUGAUUUCGGGGGACCUGACUGUGCCCGGUGCACUCACGACACCGCGAGGACCGGCCGCCCCGCACGGGGCUGAGCCCCAUGCCCCGGGCGAGCAGCGGCUCCCGGGGCUAUGGCCACCCACCGCCGGCGGGGCAGGACCCCCGCGGAAGACCCUCCACCACCACCCCUCCACACCGAGCCAAACCCCACCGGCUUGGCU